UAAAUCUUUUCAUAUAUUCAGCAUUUAAAAUGUCAUUAAUUAAGUUAAAUAGAUCUCUUCCACAUACCAAAGAGUGUUGCUUCAUUUGUAAGCAAUAUACGCGAUUUCAUGUCAAUAUCAUUCGAGGAAAAUCAAAUUAUUCAAAAAGGAAGUUAAAGGAUCUAAUCGAGCAAAUAUCGAAUGUAGAGAUAAGUCGAUCAUCGGUUAUCUGCCAAAUGUGUUUAAUUAAACUACAGAAUUAUGAUGAAUAUUCCAUGAAAGCUAUGACUGCUCAAAUGGAACUAAAAUAUCUCUUGGACAAGCAAGAUGACAGCAUGUUUAUGUUCCAGAAAGUUAAAAUCGAGGAUGACGAUGAUCAAGAAACCGAGAAAGAAGAGGAACUAGAAUCUUAUAACUACAGUGCAAAUGACUAUCUUUUACUAUCAGAAGAGGAUAGACCUAAUAUGAGCACCUUUUAUAGACCCAGAAUCUUACAAUCACCUAAAGAAAUUUAUCCAUGUGACUAUCCAAAUUGUGAAAAAAUCUUUAAAACGAGAUCUAAACUUUCGUUCCAUAAAACUUUUCACACUUCUGAAAGGAACUAUCAGUGUCAUUUAUGCCAUAAAUAUUAUAAAACAAGUAUAUGCUUAAGGAGCCACAUGAGAAUUCAUUAUAAUGCUAAUCGACGUGUGAUUUGUGAUAUGUGUGGUGAUAGUUUUACAACUAAGCAGUCAGUUCUCAGACAUUUUACGACGGCACAUUUAAAAUUGAGACCAUACAUAUGUCAAGUUUGUGGAGCAAACUUCGGCACUCUAGUCAUUCUCAGGCUUCAUUUAAUGACCCAUGGCGAUGGAAGUAACAAGAAUUUUGCUUGUGAGAUCUGUACAAGUCGAUUCUAUUCAAGAUCAAAGCUUAAUCGUCACAUGCGUGGACAUGGCGAAAAGCAAUUUGAAUGUGCAAUUUGUCAUAGAAAAUAUACACAAAGAUAUAAUCUAAAUGCGCAUAUCCGUGCUGCUCAUGGAGAUGAAAAUGUACAAACCGUAGAAGUUCCAAAGCGGUUCGUCUGUCAGUUGUGCGGGACAUGCUUUGUGACAAAUAACGAGCUUGAAACUCACCUGAAAAUUUAUCAUGAAGAUCUGCAAAAAAUAAACUAUUCAAAUGUAUUUUAAAUAAAAAU